AUGAGCAUCUCCUUGCAGCAGCUCCGGCCUCCUCCUCCCCAAGAGCAGCGGCCUGGCCAGAGCUCGCCGAGUUCCAGCCGCCCGGAGUCUGUGGAGCUCCACGACGUCUGGAGCCGAGGGGGAGCGGAUCUUCCGAAAGGCUGCUGCUACCGACGCUCCUUAUGGAGCUGGAUCCUCGACUUGCUGAUCGGUGUAGUGGUCGCAGUCUGCGCCCAACUGGUGCACUACGGCCAUGAAGCGCUCAGUACCUUUCGUAUGUACCUUGUGGGGCUGGUGCUGCCGGGCAUCUUUAGCGCAUGGGUCGUCAACACCAUGAUAACCCUUGUCUUCGUUGCUGGUGCACACGCCUGUGUACUCUGGCAGCCCAGCGCAAUCAGUGGAGGUAUCCCAGGUGUCAUUGCCUUCCUCAACGGCGUGGACCUAAGGAAGAGCCUCUUUACCCAAGAAAUCCUAGCAGCAAAGAUCCUGGGUGUCAUUUGUGCCUGUGGCUCGUCCUUGGCUGUCGGUCCGGAAGGGCCAAUGAUCCACAUCGGAGCUGCGACAGGUGUCUUGGUCCUGGCGCAGUGUCGACGGGUCGAGUGGUUUCGGCGGGUGCUGCAGGGCAGCGGUGGCAGCCGAAGCCUGGAACUCCAUGCGGCGGCUGUGGGCGCAGGCUGUGGAGUUACCGCGGCCUUCUGGGCGCCCUUGGCAGGGACUCUCUUCGUGGUUGAGGAGGCUGCGACCUACCUCUCCCCUCGCUUUUUCGUGCAUGUCUUCGGUGCGUCCUGCCUGUCCUUGGGCGUUGUGCUGCUCUGGCAGCAGCUGUGGCAGCAUACCGGCCAGUACAGUCCUCUGUUUCAAGUCUUCUUGGGUCCAAACUGUUCCUACAGCGAGUUCAUCUACUACGCAAGCUGCGGUGUGAUCGGGCUGAUUUGUGGGCUUCUGGCCUGUCUCUUCAACCGUAUCGUCCUGGAGCUGAACUUCCUCCGGCAGCGUUGGAGAACUCAGGGCCACAAGCGCGUCUUUACCCUCGAGGUGGUCAUCAUCGCCGUGUUGUCAAGCUCCCUUGGCACUCUUGCGCCUGCGGCGUCGGGAUGCCACCUGAGCACCAUUCAAAGGGCCUUUGCCAACAGCAACCAGUGCAUAGCGGGAGAAUGGGCCCAUCAGAUCUUCCAGGGCAGAGAGAACUUUCAGGAGAAUGCGAGGAUCGUGCCAGCUCCGGGCCUCUUCGGGGUUCAGUACAACCCGGAUGACUGCCCCACGGCCAUCUUCAACGACACGCGCAUGCCGCCCUGCAACCUCGAGAAGGCCGGGUUCAAGUUCCCUUCGGAGAUCCCCGAGCGAGAGCGCUACUACUACUGCUGUGGCUUCGAUGACUUGGACUCCUUCCACCAGGGCCGCGUGUACAGCUUCACUUCGCCUCGAGCCCCCUUGAACCUGGAGGAGGAGUUUUGGCCGUCUUUCGGAUGUGAUGCGGAUGUGUCAGCGAACAUCAGCAUUCCCAGCUACAGGCCCAUGGCGGCCUUGGCUUUCGUUCCCGGAAGGAUCACGGUGAAGAAUCUCUUCACCAGAGGGUCUCCAAACAUGCUGCCCACGAAGUCGAUGCUUGCUUUCUUGCCCCUCUACUUCAUCCUGGCCGCGAUCACGUCUGGAGCGGCCGUUCCCAGUGGCCUCGUGAUACCCAUGAUGAUUAUUGGAGGCUGCGUGGGCCGACUCUGUGGCAACCUCCUGACGCUGAUAGAUGUUUGGCCCUGCCCUUCCGACUGGACACCUGAGUAUAAGAUGCUUCUGAAGAUGCUGCGUCAGCAGAGCAUCCGCACCUCUUCGUCGCACACCUGUGGCCUCCCAGACCCGGGAUCCUUUGCCAUCGUGGGGGCCGCUGCUUUCAUGAGCGCCUCAGGGAGCAUCGUCCUCUUCGUGAUCGCGAUGAUGGUGGAGAUCACCGGGGACAUCUCUUCGCUUCUUCCCAUUGCCUUCGGCGCCAUCACUGGGCGCUUUGUGGUCCGGUCCUUCCUUGGCCAUGGCCUCUACCAUGACCUCGGGCGGGACCUCAUGCAGAUCACCAAGCUGCCCUUCUUGACCCGGGAGUGUCCUCUGCAUAAGAAGGAUCGCAAGGCACCGGUCUCCUCGCUGCUGCGUGGAGAGCCCGAAAAUUCGCUGAGAUACCUGCGCCGGCGUGAAAGCCAGGCCUCCGUGGAGGCUUUGUUGCAAGACUGCAGCCACAAUGGCUUUCCGAUCGUUUCCGAAACGGGGCAGCUGGUUGGGCUGGUUCGACGCUCAGAGCUCGAGGGGUGUCUGCUGGAGGGCCAGGAAGAGGUCCAGUUAGAUGUUUUGGCAGAUCCGGCACCCUACACGGUGCACAAAGACUUCCCUGUGGAUCGUGCCUACCUGCUCUUCCGAGACUUGGUCCCCCCUUUUUUAUAUAACUUUUUUGGAAAUUUAUACUUCAAGUGA